UUUUUCUUGCAACUUAGUAAGGUGAUUGACAAACGUAUUAUUAUCCUUCUUUAAUAUAGUUUCAAAAACACAUCAUGAUGUUUAAAUGGAACAAUAAGAAGCACAAUAUCAAGGCGAAAGAAGAGGCGAAACCAGACGAGGCGGUCAUGAUCGUCGCCCAAACAGUGAUACCCAAGCAGGGUUGCCAACGCCACCCACCACAAUGGACAUCGUAGCCCUUUUAUGCUGGAUGGAGGAACGAUGUGCAGAGGACGAAGAACGCAGACGUCGGGACGAGGAACGUCGUCGUCAGGAGGACGUGGAGCGUCGACGUCAGGAAGACGAGGAACGUUGUCGUCUCGAAGGGGAUCGUCGUCUUCUGGAAGAAGAGCGUCAUCGCCUCGAAGACGAGCGACGAAUACAGAGGGACUGAUGUGCAGAAGAGGAGGCAGCGCGAUGUCAUAACUUCAUAUCACAGCUCUGUAUCCCGUGCCCACCCACCACUGAGCAAACUGCUCAGUCGCCACCACUCCAUAGCUCACCUUCCACCCCCCCCCCUCUCCCCACUUCAUCAACCAUGUACACCGAAAGCGAUUGUCAACCCCCCUCCGACCCUCCUUCCGGAUGCGCCCAUUCAGGUAUUCAAGGAAUGGAGACACAAGUGGGAAGAUUAUUAUACAGUGGUCGAUACCCCCACCUUGCCACUCAACAAACAGCUGAUCCAGUUACGCAUGUGUCUCUCCCUCGUGACCCAACGCGUGUUACACAGCAAACUCCAUAUCUUCCCGGACAAUACAAUUCCUCUCAAGGACAUGCUGGCAAAUUGGAGACACACAUCAGAGCUCAAACCAACGGGGCACUACGCAGAUGUGAGCUCUUCAGUUGUAAGCAGAUGGUAACAGAGACAUUUAAUUACUUUUAUGUCAGGAUCAAAUAUGUAGCGAGGCAAUCGAAAUCUGCAAAGGAAACUGCAAGAACUGUGAGGAGACACAACUGAAACGAGUUUAUUAACACCUCAUCACCCUAGCACCCACCAGCUCAUUGUAUGUAGUAGUAAAUGCUAUGCAUAUGUAGCAGCCCACAAUACUGCAUCAGUAAUCACGGCACCUCCCACUGGUAUAAGAGCCACGUCCAGGUACAAGAAGGACAAGACAAAUUUCCACAAGUCUCAAAUCAGCAGACGGUCUGUUAAGACUGCAGGAAAAAAGAUCACUGGCCUAGAUAACAUAAUGGACAUUAUGACCAGUGCUGCCCUGUAAAGAAGCCACAUCUUCACAAACAGAGAGGGAAACUAACUCUCUAGGCCAAUACAGGGAAGAUGCGACAUGCAAGUAAUUCCAGCAACAGUCAGCACUCUAACCAAAUUAAGAGAGUAGGCUCCUCUUCUCGAGCCAUGACUAAGCCCCCACAACCUGUUGAUGUCACCAUUACCUAUGGUGAUGCAAAAACUAUCAUUGCUUCCCGACACUGGUGCAGAUAUCACCAUCACAGGCCUAAACCAUUUGCAUCACCUUGGACUGUUAAGACAUGAUCUCCAGCCACCAGGAGUUGCUGAGCACUUCACAGCUGCUGGCUCAUCAAUGGUCCCAGUCCUUGGCUUAACACACAAAUCACUCUCGGGUCCAAAACUACGACGACAUAAAUUGAUGUGUAUGAAAAUGUGUCAACCCCAUUGCUGCCCUGUCAAGAUUGCAAAAAGAUGGCGAUCAUCUCUAAAGAAUUCCCCAAACCAAUUGUCAAGGUAACCCACGUGAAUGCAGUGCGUGAAGUUGGUGAUAAUGUCAGUCCUGCAAGUGUGACACACAGCUCAACACACAAACUGGCAGAUGCCCCAACACCUAACAUGUCACUACUCUAGCAUUUUACCUAACUCUAGCUCCUUACAAGCUAGAGAGUACUUCCUAUCGGAAUUCCAAGAUGUGUUAGUGACCAAGGAGGGUCUCAAGACCAGGCCUCUUAAGAAGAUGAUUAGACCCCCAAUGAGGCUCUAUCUGCGAAAAAAUGCCAAACCCUUCACAAUUCACACCCCUCACUUGAUACCGUUUGCACUUCGGGAGUCAAUGAAAGCUGAAUUGGACACAAUGGUUGCCCAAGGUAUUAUCACUCUUGCAGAUGAAAAUCCAUCCCCAUGGUGACUUCCAUUAAUAGCCAUUGCCAAACCAAAUGGUGGCGUGAAGAUCACUUCAGAUCUUUUCAAGCUUAAUAGUCAAGUAUCAAGGCCAGCUCACCCCCCACCCACACCCUUUGAAGCAAUUCAUAGUGUGGAUCCAAAGGCAUAUUGGUACACCACAGUAAAAACUGCCGUCUGCCGUCUUGCUUUCUGCCGUCGAGGCGACCUGGCACUACAGGGCAUGACCAAUUUAGACAAAGUCGUGGUUGACGUCCAGAUUAACUGGCACACCUUCGUCACGUCGACGAAUUACUCUAUAGGUGCAAAAAAUAUGGUAUAACCAUCACUGCUGAGAAAUUCACCCUAUCAGCACCUUCAGUAUUCUUCUGUGGAUACAUACGACUGGCGGGAGGAAUAGAAGCUGAUCCUGAGAUGGUCAAGUCCAUAAGAGGCAUUGUAACUCCAGCCACCCUAACAGACUUAGGGUCUUUCUUGGGCUUCGUAAACCAGUUGGCUGAAUUCUCACCUGAAAUUUUCAGUGUGGUUCAACCUUUACGCCCCUUAAUGAGUCCCAAGCGAUCAUUUGUCAUGAUCAGGCUUUUAAAAGAAUGAAGGAGUCCCUCACAAGUCCACCUAUACUAGCAUCAUUCAACCACUCAUUCCCCACCAUCUUGCAAACAGUGGCUUUACGACUUCCCGAUAUAGGGUAUGCUUUGCUGCAAGACCAUGGGCAAGAACAAACGCGUUUACUCCAAUGUGGUUCCACAUUUUUAACAGAAACUGUUGGCUGCAGCCUGGGCUAUGACAAAAUGUAAAUUCUACCCUGGAGGAAUACAUUUUGAACUUUUGAAUCCUAGGCUGCAACGAUUUAAGGAGAAGUUAUCCCAUACCAGUUCUCAGCAACAUGGUGAGCAGGAAAGAAGCUCUGCAUUCCAGAUGCUUUGCCACGUAACCUGUUAGCAAUCCAAGCAAGGAAGAUGAUAUGCUGAACUGUGAGAUGAGUAUCUCCAUAAGACAUGUAAUAUUCAACACAUUACAGUCCCUCACCGACAGAUCAAGAGAAGCAGGUGAUAAGAUCAUGGAAGAUUUUCAAGUAGUUGAUCAUGAUCAGUAUAUAUCAGACUGCUGGAGUGUGUAAGAAAUGGAUUCCCACCGAACCUGUAUUCCCUCCAUAGCACGAUACUCCCUUAUUGGAAGCUUAGAGAAGACUUCUACUGUGAUGGAUAUUUAGUCCUCUAUGGAGCUCGUGUUGUAGUCCUGCUGUACUUCGCCAUACAGUAUUGGCUCCCCUCCAUGAUAGCCACCAAGGAGUAGAAGCUACCAAGAGACGUGUGAGAAACUGUGUUCUGGCCCGGCAUUAAUGCCGAUGUCAGCAAUAUCAUCCAAGCAUGUGAACCAUGCCAGGUUCUCCAACCAAGCCAACAGCAAGUUACCGGGAAUGUUUUCCUUGUUAUCGCCAACCGCCUCUCAGGCUGGCCUGUCGUCAUCUCAUGCAGCCAUGACACAACAUCACCUAGCACCAUACGCCAUUUUUUGCUAUUACUUCCGCGACCUACGUGUCCCUGUCCGACUGAGAAUUGACGGAGGGCCCCAGUUCAUGAGUCGCGAGUUUACAGCCUUUUUGGACCUUUGGGGAGUCCGACAUAUAGUCAUUUCGCCCCAUUACCCUCAAUCUAAUGGCCAUAUAGAGUCAGCAGUGAAGUCUGUAAAACACCUUAUCUUGAAGGUGACCUCAAAUGGUAAUAUAGAUUGUGAGGAAUUUGAUAGAAGCCUGCUUGAGCUCCGGAACACCCCAUAUUACACCGGACGCUCCCCAGCGCAUAUAUAAUAUGGCCACCCCCUUCGUUCUUGUGUGCCAUCCCACCCGGAGUCCUUCAAGAAGAAAAGGCAAGCAGUUCAAGAGGCAUGUGAUCAUCGUGCUGCUAAACGAGCUCAAGAUGUUGAGGAUCACUAUAAUCAGCAUGCUCGUCCCUUACCCAACUUGAAAAUCAGUGACCAGGUUCGCAUCCAGGACCCUGUGUCACUCUGCUGGGAUAAAGUUGGUGCAAUCCUAGGAAACGGCAGAUCUUAGGAUUAUCAGGGCAAAAUCCCAAGUGGCCGAAUAUGUACAAGGAAUCGACGAUUUCUCCGCCCUGUCUACUUUCCCCGUGACAUCCCAUACACUCCUUAUGAACCAUGCACCCCUACUAGCAACCCACUUUCUCGCUGCUCGGUGAGAAUUCGUCGACGUCAAGAAAUGUCUGCUCAAGACUUCGCAAUGAGCAUAAGUGAUAUGUAUAUAUAAAUGCCAGAUUCAGUAUUUGGAAACAUUGAUGUCAACUGGCAACUCCCAGCGCCUUCAGCGCUGAGUCAGUCACCGCAUGCAUGUCUCACAGGAUAUGGGUUCUUUGCUCUGCUCCUCCGUUUUGUAUCUGUUUUUAACCAACAAGAACCUACAAAU